AUGCCCCCGUCCCCCUUCGUCUCCCUCCUCCUCCUCCUCCUCCUCUUCCUCGUCCACCCGCUCCCUCCAUCGCUCGCGUCCGUGUCCCCCUCCCCCUGCGAUCCCCACUACGAGCGCCGCAACGCCACAACCGGUCGCUGCGACUGCCGCGACGGCUUCCGCGGCCUCAACUGCCGCAUGUGUACGCCCCAGAGCCCCUCGGCCCCCGACAGCUGUCGCACGGCCUUCGGCCCCGACGUCUCGUGCGUCACGGGCCUCACGUACGACGCCCACGCGUCGCUCAAGACUUACGACUGCGUCCUGGCCGCGAACCUCCAGGCGCUCGUGCCGCACGGGGCGCUAGCGGUCCAGUGCGACCGCACCGCAGCCACUUGCGCGGCGGCCGUCUUCCGCGCGAGGCAGUCGCUCCACAGCGUCCACGUGAUCGACUGCCGCUUGACGCAGUGCGCGUUCGCAACGGGCGACGCGAGCGGCGCGUGCGCAGAGAUCCAGUGCACGUGCGGCCCCCAGUGCUCUGCACUGACGAAAGCGCUCGUGGAGCACGUGCUGAGCGGCAAACGCGCGGCGAUCGACGUGACGAACGGCUCGCAGUUGGCCAUUGACGUCGAGGGGUCGCCACUGCCACUGGCUGCGACGUGUGAGGCGUCGGCCUGUGAACGCACCAGACCGAGUGGCAGUGGAUCGAGUGGGGCCAGUGGCAGUGCUUCGGGAGGCGGAGGAGGAGACGGUCGGAAGAGACACUGGAGCUGGGCAGUCGUUGGUGCGGCUCUGCUGCUGCUGGUGGGCGUUGGUGCUGCUGCUGCUGCUGUGCUCUUGUGCUGUAGAGGGACGUGGGUGGACUGCUGGACAGUGUGGACUCGACGAAAGGCUCUUGGGAAUAAGGUUGUGGCGUCACGCGUUGUGCAGACAUUUGAGUUCCAGGACGUCAGCUGCUUUGGGGACAGUCAUGGACCGGUGUCGGGGACGCCGAGGCGCAUCUUGCACCGGAUCUCGGGACGUGUCGCGCACGGUCAAGUGCUUGGGCUACUGGGCCCAAGUGGCUCGGGCAAAACGACGUUGCUGAAUGCAUUGGCGGGUGUGGACAAUGGUCAGUGUCAGGUCACGGGUGACUUGCUGCUCGAUGGCAAGCAGCUGUCGAACGGGUACCGCCGCAUUGCUGCCUAUGUCCAGCAGGACGAUGCCCUGUUCUCGACGCUGACGGUACGGGAGUGCAUUUCGUACUCAGCACAGCUGCGUCUCUCGGCGAAUAUGUCGGAAGACGAGAAGGACACACACAUUGACCGCGUGAUGGCAGAGCUUGACCUCAGCCAGGUUGCCCAUUCGCGAAUUGGAUCCGUGGGGGAUCGCAGUGGCCAACGUGGGGUCUCUGGCGGCGAGAGGCGACGCGUGAGCAUUGGCAUGGAACUGGUCACGUCGCCUCAGAUUCUCAUUCUGGACGAGCCCACGUCGGGACUCGAUAGUUCGUCGGCGCAUUCGGUCGUACAGCUCUUGAGAGAUCUAGCCGGCCAUGGACGCAUUGUGAUUCUGAGUAUCCACCAGCCAAGCGCGAGGUCGUUUGUCCUGCUCGAUAAGAUUUUGCUGCUCGGCAAAGGCAAACUCCUGUACACUGGAGCGCCAGCCGAGUCCAAGCCGUACUUUGAAGACCUCGGCUUCAAGUGUCCUGAGCACGACAACACUGCAGACUUCAUACUCGACAUCGCGUCUGACACGAAGAACAUACCGAUGAUUCGGUCUCACAUGAAACAGGACGGACCUUUCCGUCGUCUGCAUGCCACUGUACCACGACAUGCAUCAACUAGUCCGAUGUUGACAACGGAGACGUCGUCGCUGAUGGAGGAAGAUCUGCAACUGGACACUCCCCGGGUCGAGACUAUGUGGAGUGUACCAGCUGGAAGCGAAAAGACGUUUGUAGAAUCAAAGAUAGAUGGAAUACCAGCGUCGUGUGGCGCAUCGUAUAGCCCGCCACCUGCAACUAUCGCUGCAGCCGAGACGGAUGCAAUCGGAGAAGAUAUGGAGACUCCAUCGCGAUCGAUUGUGGUGGAAGUCCGCGUGCUGUUUGUGCGGACGACGCAGAACAUUCUCCGUCACCGCUCGUUGCUGGUGAUGCACGUUGCGCUGAGCUUGUCGCUAGCUCUAUUCGGCGGGCUCAUAUUCAACCACGUGACCAACGAUCUGGCAGGAUUCCAGAACCGCAUGGGCGCGUUCUACUUCAUUCUCACCUUUUUUGGCUUUGCAAGUAUGAGCUCAAUGGACCUCUUCAUCGGCGAGCGCUCGAUAUUCCUUCGUGAGACUGGCGCCAUGUACUACGGAGCGUUUAGCUACUUUCUCGCCAAAGCCACGCUGGACACGUUGCUGUUGCGGAUACUGCCUGCUUCGCUCUUCGCAAGCAUCUUUUACUGGAUAAUGGGCCUCCAAGCAUCAACGACGCGCUUCUUGCUGUUCUCGCUGACGUUGGUGCUCUUCAACGUCGCGGCAGGUGCAAUCUGUCUUCUCGUGGGAGUACUGUCGAGACGCGUCGGGUCUGCCAACCUUGUUGCAACGGUAGUGCUUUUGGUCAUGUUGCUGUUCGGCGGCUUCUUGCUCAAUUCGCAGACGAUGCCGUCGUCAGUGGGCUGGAUGAAGCACCUGUCGAUCUUCAGCUACGCGUUCGAGAUCCUCAUGACCAACGAGCUGAAAGGUCUGAUCCUGGAGUUUGACGCCCCCGGGUACCCGGCCGUACCUAUUUACGGCGAAGUGUACCUCAAGACACUCGGCAUGGAGUAUGCCAAUCGAUACUACGACGUGGCAGCUCUCGCUCUGAUUGCAGUAAGUCUGCAAGUACUUGCUUUCUUGUUCUUGUCGCUGCAGGUUCCCGUCCACCGUGAUAUUGCUGAGCGCUGCGAAGACGGUGAUGGGCUACGCCACGCAAAGAAGGAGGAGUACACGGGAGCCGUGAGGGCUAGUAGAGAGGGUCGUUUGUACACGUCGAUGCGUCAAGUUCACUAG